AUGGUUCCUGGUGAUGGCGGGCUGCCUGCGGAUGUCAAUGAGCUGUCAGACAGCUCUGAGAGUGCAUGUCGUCGGCCUGCGGGGCCCCCGUUAAAGAAGGCAAGGACAGCUGGCCCUGCUGCAGAGAAGGACAAGCGACGAGCUGCGGCCGACGACCAGUUGCACUUGAAGCGCAUGUUGGCCAAAUCAUGCUACAAAACGUGCAAACGAGGUUGCAAGCGAUGGUUCCAAGCUAAGAAGGGCUUUGAUGAGUUGCUGGCCUUCCGGAAAGAGUGGAGGCAGUUCCACAAGACGGAUCAGGAUCAACUCGAGAUUUACAACAGUGUGGCAGAGAAUAUGCCAGAUGUCCGAGAUUCUACCAUGGAUCCAGACCAAGAUCCUUACGCAGCGGCCCUUACCAACCCUGACAGAGAGCUGGACUUGCAAGCGGAGGUUGCUGCUGCUGCUGCUGCAGGCGAUGCCAGGAAGACUCGACAGCGAUUCAGGAGUGUCACAGCUUCUGAGAAGACGGACGACCAGGAACCAAGGUUUCUACCGCCUGGCAGCAUGAAGGAAUACUUCGAGCAGUUCCUUUUGCAGUCCAAGCAGAAAGUUGGUUUCGCCACGUUCUGGCGGGUCUGGCGCCGGCACUUCCCACGCAUGACAUUCAGGCCGACGAGCUCCCAUGCAGUUUGCACCACCUGUGUGCGUCAUAAGAGUUUGAUCGCGUCCUUGAACCAUCACCUGAAUGCACGACGACACCAACAAGAACUUUACUAUGCCCAUAUUCGUCAGCAGUUCAAUGACCGUUGCAUUUACUGGUCCAUGCGAGGCCUGGCACGGUUGAGAACUGACACCGUCACGAUGAUCUGCGACGGAAUGGAUCAGUCGAAGUUCUGUUUACCAAGAAGUCCGUUCAUGCGGGCGAAGGCAUUCGACUCAUGGGCGCGGCCAAAGCAGCACGUCUAUUGCUGUCUUGUACACGGACAGUUCAUCGCAAUGUCCGUCUCCGAGCCUUGUCUGCGCGAAGACUCCAAUACUUGUGUGGAACUGGUCGGGUCUUGCCUCCAGCGCUUGAAGGAUCGGGGAAUGCAGCUCAGCAGGACCCACGUGAAUAUCCAGGCAGAUAAUACGUCUCGGGAGAUGAAGAACGGACCUGUCCUUCGAAUGUUGGCAGCUUUAGUCAGCAACGGAUCCUGCUUAUCCGCUACGGCAUCCUAUUUACGCACGGGGCACUCACACGAAGAUGUAGAUCAGCUCUUCGGCCAAGUUGCUAAGCAUCUAAAACGUGUGAGACAGUGCCAAACUUCGGAGGAGCUGGUUUCGCAUGUGCAAUCUUUUUUGGAUGCCCUGCCACGCCCGUACGAACCGGGCCGCUUUGCAUUCAAGGUGGACAACACCCGUGAAUGGAAAGGCUUCUACCUCAAGGCCGUACCUGUGCAGCUCACUGGCAUCGCUGGCCCUGGACUCGACGAGAACAGCAUCAACGACAAGUUUUGGGGUUCAAAGUACCCGGACCACCCGCACGACGUCAUCCUGCGGUUUCCCCAGGGACUUCCCCAAGGCAGCUCCGGCACAAAGUUUCUGGCGGAGAAGAACCCCAUUGAUACCACCACGCGCGAGCACAUUGCGAAGUACGCGCCGAUGCUGCGUGACCGGGCUUUCAGGCUUGACAAGGCCGCUGACUAUCUGGAAAGUUGGGUGGCCGGGGUUCUCGUGGAGAAGCCAUUGCUCAACUGCGAUGUGACACCUGCUGUGCAUUCAGUGGGCAUCAGCUUGGCCGUCCGAAGGAUCACACAAAACUCGUCCGUGAGUACGAUCAACGGGCCGAGCGAUCGAUCGUGCUGCGUUCAGCCGCGACAGCGUGGGCUGAUGGAGUACCCUGGGCAGACGCUCUUCACAUGGCAGAAGUCGCUCAGGAGCGUGCCGAAGCUGCGUCUGCAAGGCGUGAUCGGGUCGCCGGUAAAGGCCGCGGGAAGCAGGGUGGGCCACGUGGCAAAGGGCGAGCUUCUGCAGUCGCUGCUGGCGCGGCGGCCUGACAAUCACUCGUCGACCGAGGAUUCGACGCAAACGCCUGUCGCGUCGGACGGAUUCAACGCAAACGCCUCUCGCGUCGGGGAGGGCAAGGCUGGGCCUGCCAAUGCGAAGGCAGCCAAGCAAGGAGCAAAUCCGGCCACCCUGGAAAAGUACAGCUAUGUUCACAAGAUCACGGCUUGGCUCAAGGACACCGUGCUGCCCGCCGGCUCCAUCGACGCCUUCCUUAGCAACCAAAUGGAGAAAAAGCUUGACUUCGCCCGGUGGAUGGACAACUUCUGUCCUGCAGAUUCUGAGAAGGCCUACAGCAUUGACAGCAACGGCUGCUACUUGAGGCCCUUCCAGUUGGGAUGGCGCUCAGAUUUCGGAAUUAGCGGAAUGAUGGAGCCUGAAACGGCCGAGCUCCUCCUGGAACUCAUCUUGACAGAGGGGUUCCUGACUGACCCCAACGUUGUCGGUGUCGAGAAGUUGGGCGUCACGCUGCCUCCACCGGAGUACCUCGACGGCGGCAUCACCGAAUGCCCCGCCAUCAACCUGGGCAGUGCUUUGUUGCCACCCUUCAGUGUCGGGUACGUGAAAGGGUGGAAAAGAGCAGUGUGCUUGAUCCUGGCACUCUGUGGAAUCAGAGUGCUGGGAUUGGAGGCAGAAGUGCCCCACCACAUUCGUGUGACAAUGGGCACCAUCCACUGCUCCUUCGGAGCCUUUCAAGGUGUGAAAGCCAAGGUGUUGGCUUCGCGAGGAGGAGCCGAACAGCAGUUUUCGGAGACUCAGAACGAGAUAGAUUGGCACUCCCAGACUGCCAUUGCGAAGGCCUUCCAAAUAGGCCGGAGCGAAGCCGGAGCUGUGCAGCAGCUCAUCACGGCCGUGCCGAAGGAUGUGAAAAAUGCAUUGGAAAUGGCAGUGAAGCAACGAGGUAUGGUGAAGUUUCUGGGCCAUGAAGCUGUGGCACGACAACUCUUCAGUGCCUCCUACAUCAACACCUCGCCGGGCAUGGAUGCAUGGCGGGACCAGCUGACAAACGCCCCGGGCGAUUCCAGGAUUGUGACUGAACGUGAACAUCUGGUUUGCAAAAUUUGGGGUUGA